AAGUAGAAUUGGCAGUAAUAGAUCAUCUGCCAGUGAUCCGAAAUCGAGUGCCUGUGAUGUGUGAUGGUCUGCGUUUCCCUAUAAAGAGGGAAAAGGAAAAUCGACCGCAAAUCUUUAGAAACUGUUCAUUUGCAACGCAAAAUUCAAUCUUUUUUUCUUGAUGGUCAUAUGUGUUUUGUGAUCUCGAGAAGCUAAAAUGAUAGAUAUUUUCUGGAAGUAUUUCAAAGUGUGAUCCAACUCAUUCCACCCCUCAGCCAGGUUGAUUCUUUCUGCGAUUUUUUGUGACACAUCAAACAUGAUCACUAAAGCUGGUGCGUUGUCUCCCCGGCGUCUUAUCCUAUCUAUGGCUAUACUGGUCGUCUCAUUUGAGAGUGUGAAGGGACAAUAUAACGACAGGGAUGAAAAAUAUUCCAACGUGGGAAGACAAUAUAACGUGCCAACCAAUACGGUGCUAGCAAACGACAUGACAGGCAAAGAAUUAAAAGCUGACGAUAUAAAGGAAUCACGGGAUCGAAAUAGGAGAGACUCAAGAGAGGACCAAGAAGCAAGAUGUUUAUUCAAACAGUUCAAGAAGGUUCACGCGAAAAGCUAUUUGGCAAGGUCCGAGGAACAUCGGAGAUUCAGCAUCUUUAAAGAUAACUUAAAGAAGAUCAAAGAGCUCAACGCUGAUGAAAGAUAUUCAGCGACUUUUGGUAUCACGCAGUUCGCGGAUCGAACAAGUAAGGAGUUCCGGAGAGGGCUCGGUAUAUUACCGAUAUCAAAGACAGGGAGGGUCAGCCUGGAAGAAGAGGAAACCGAGGAAAUGGAGGACUUUAAGAGGAACGGAAAGGUAGACGAGGAAUUUGACGAAAAUUACGAUUGUCCAGAACCGAUCAGUGCGAUAGAAUCUAGAAUCGCCCCGAGAGUACGACCAACCCCUAGAAAUUGCUCAAUAGAUUGGCGUAGGAACAACCCCAACUACCCAUCGAUAGAUGAUCAGGGUACUCACUGUGGAUCCUGCUGGGCUUUUGCAGUGGCUGGAAUGCUGGAGGUUCUCCUCUCGAGCAAAUAUAAAAAAUCGACGAAGCUGUCGAAACAACAAUUAGUAGACUGCACUUGGGAUAACUUCAAGUGUAAAGGCGGACAUAUACCACCGGCUCUGCGAAUGUUGAAUGUCAAUGGCGUGUGUGCCGAGAGAGACUAUGAGUAUCAUGGGAGGAACGGAUCUUGCAGGCCACGCGCAGCAAUAGCCAAGAUCGACAGCUUCACUGAAUUCAGUGGUAGUUCACGAAUAUCUGCAGCUCUUCGUAUAAGCCCUGUCGCCGUUUACUUGGGGGUUCAUGAAAACGCCUUCGCGUUUUACAGAAGCGGUGUCAUGGCUCCACAAUAUUGUCCACAAACGGACGUCAAGCAUGCUGGAGUCAUUAUCGGGGAUUGCGGAGACUCCUGGAUUUUUCGGAACAGCUGGGGCGAUGACUGGGGUUCAGAGGGUCAUCUUUACAUCAAAAAAGGAUACUGCGGGAUAGGAACGUAUGCUUUCUCGAUCAAUUCGGGCCGAUUAUUGAAAGUUUGAAGCAAUAUACGACAUCAAAAUUCGAUAGAUGGCAUGGAUGAGAUAGAGGCAUGUCUAGUCUUGUCUAGUUUUGCCGUGCCGACAUAGUUUCAAUAAUCGAUCAUCAAGAUUGCAUGCGCAUCACCCUCCAGAGGCGAGAGCUGUCGGAAAGAAUCGGAUUCUUCUUCUUCCCUCAAGUCCUUGCCACUUGGCGGAAACCUGGGUAUUGUUUUAAAUAAUCACGAAGUGCGGUUCAAAUGCAUGACGAGCAUGGAGGAGAAAACUCUGUAAUUACCAAUUAAACAAUUAUGGAAUCUCACUCAUAA